GCCAAUUCAGACCAUCCUGCGGCGUCUCGUUGCAUGCAACAUUGUCAUCAUCAUGGAAGCCAGGUAUUGCGAUGGUCAUGUUGUGGUUGCAGAAGAGAAUGAGUGAACGGGACUCCUGCGCUUCAUGCUGCGUUUGGCAUGUUAUUGUUGAGGUUUCAGAUCAGGGGCUUUCCUGCUGCACGAAGAUGUAAAGAUGUCAGUGCGGAAUCAAGAAUAUCAGAUUAGGGUUUCACUUAAGAUGGGCAGGGCAGGCCGUCAGGGUUCGCAGAGUAGACGCUUCAAUUGUGCGUCGCUAAUUUGAUAUCCAGGCAAUGGUGGGGGCAGCCCAUCCAGAAGUUGGUGAACAGAGAGAACCGAGAAAGCGACCGGUAAGAUGGGCAGGUUUGGGGGCCAGCAUUGCCAAUGAGAGGGCAAAGUGUUGCGCAAAAGGAGGCAGACAUCAACAUCAAUGCGAACACAAGUUGCCCUUUCCAUAGCCAGCAUUACAGUUUAGUGUAGUGUAUGAUUGGACGUACAACCAAAUGCUAUGGCCGCAUGUCAGUGCCCCAGUCCCCUGUCCUCAGAUAACUAUGCUUGAGGCAUCUCGUUUGGCAGAACAGAUACGCAAUGGGGCAAAAAGAAGCCCCCCUCAGUCCCCGCUCCCCUCGGUUGCUGAGCCCACGGAUGCGCAGCCCGCGCAAGGGCGUGCGUCAACGAGCGGCUGCGCUGCUUUUGCCCCUUAUGGGCCUCAUUGGGAUGACAGUGAUCUUGUCGGGGAGCAACCUGCUGAAUCAAACACGGGUCUCCAUCGACCGCCUUGCCAAUGACCCCCACUCUGCAAUAAGGCUCGCAGUGGCGGAAAGUGGAUGCAAGGGGGAGGGGGACAGCGGGGGGGGGUGUCGGCAGGCGCAGUACGAUGCAAGCCUGAUUCAAGAUGGGGACACGGAGGUGCGGCUGCGGGAACUAGGCGUGAGGGACGAGCAGAACGGCAGCCGGCGGGAGGUGUGGGAGCAGUUCCGGCAGCUCAGCGAGGAAGAGAAGCGGAUGCCGUUUGAGAAUGCGGGCUUGCUCAUGGACGGAGAUGCGUACGUGUUUGCGCUCAGGCUGCAGUCAGAGGAGCUCGGGGCAACAGGGAAUGGAACGAGUACAGAGGAGAAAGACGGGACAGCGUUGAGCGAAACGGGUAUUACUGUGUGCACACCCCCAGGGGUCAUAGAGGGGAGUGGAAACGGAACGGGGAACUCCAGUGCAGGAGUGACUGCCAGCUGCAGUGUGACUGUCACCGUUUCUUCUCCAACCUUCGAGGAGAGCAGUGCGGUUGCAGAUGGGACGUCGUCCCCUCUGACUGCAAAACGCAUCUCGCGCCUCAGCCGGUGGUAUCGCUGGAAUGAAACCGCCCCCGAGGUGACCGUCAAUCUCUAUGGGCGGGCGUUAAGUGGCAGUGUGAAUGCGUCCGGAGCAGCGGCAGAGACCGAAGAGCAGGAGGACGGGAGCCCAGGAGCACUGCCGCUGUGGUCCCUAGGGAUUGCCGAGCUGGAGAAAGGGGGGGAGAAUGGGACGUGGCUCGAGCUGGCGACGCCAAGUGGGGAUGCCUGGAUACGAAUCUACAGGGCGUGGCUGACCCGGGACCGAUUCCUGGGCCUCUUCUCCCUCCUCUUCCUCGCCCUCCACUCCAACGGCACCGCCGCCGCCCUCGUGCCCCCCUCUUUCCUAUGCCAGGUCGGGCGCAACACCGCCCGUAUGACCGCAACCUCUCCGGCGGGGGGCAACAGCUCUCUGCUUCUGCUACACUGCCCCCUCGCCCCAACGUUCAGCGACCAGCUGAAACAAGCGCGCCCCGACUCGCGGGGAGACGCGCAGUGGAGGCCCAAUACCGUGCUGCUUGAACCGGCCACGCUGCUGCCCGUGACACUCAGCCUGCUGGACAGUGUAGAAACAGACGGUAGUGUCAACGGGCUGCCCACGAGCUCGGACGGAAACGUCGCCCGCUCUAGUUUCACGCUGAAGCCGCUCGCGAGCCUAGUGCGGCAGCCGCGGUUCCAGCUGGCGGCGUGCGUGGGGCCGAUUAACGCCACAGUCUCACGCGCAGAGUGGGUCGAGUCUGUGGAGUACCACGUGGGUGUCAUCGGCGUCGAGCACUUGUUUGUGUACAUGCCAGCUGGCGAGAGAAAUGUGUUGCAAGAUUACGAGCGGGAAAAGCUGGUUACGGUGGUGCCAUGGGAGGCGUCUGAAGUGCCCAGCGGAAACGGAAGCAGCGCGCGGGACUGGCGGAGUUUGGCGCGGAACCAGUGCCUGUGGCACACCCGGGGGCUCGCGCACUGGACCCUCUUCCUGGACGGGCCCACCGCGCAUGUACAGAUUGGAGCGCAGUACGGGCACAGCUUCGGCAACUGGAGCGCGGCGCUGAGCGAUGACGUGGCGAUCGUGGAGCUGCCCACGUUCUGGAACACGAUGCCUCUCAACUCGUCCGCGCUGCCCGGCAACCACUCCCUGCUCUUCCAGCAAUGCACGUGGCCGCUUUCCGCAGCGCCAGCUGGCGCAGCCGAGGCGCGCAUGCUGAUCGCGGCCGGCAGCAAGGUCCGAUACAUCGGUCUGUCGCCCGACCUGGAUCAGGUGACCCCGGGGGAGCAGCUGCAGCACAGAGAAGCGCCCGGGGAAGAGAUCGCCGUGCAGGCAUGUGACCGGGAGAUGAGGAGAUUGCGGACGGGGGCAGUGAACGAAAGUGCGGCUCUGGAUUCCCGUGUGUUGGGUUUGAAAGGGGGCGAGAGGGUGCCAAGAAGCAAGAGGCGGGAAGAUUCCGGGGUUGUGAGGAUAAGCCCCGGGGAGCUUAGCAAGGAGGUGGUGCGGCGACUAGAAAGGCGGGUUGAGCAGCGGAUGCUCGCCGUGUUGGAGUCGGAGGACAGCGCCGGGCCGUUGGAGCUGCAGUUGGAAAGUCGCGAAACGAGAGCACUGCGGUGACGCUUUGGUCCCUUUGAAGAGUAGCCGCAUAUCCUCCGCCUACAGCGCUCUUCGCACCAACAGUGGCUUCGAAGUCUUGUAUCCGCCUAGGUCGGGUACGCACAGAUUGAGUCUGCGAGUUGUUGCGGCCUAGUGCGGCAAUUUGCUUCAAUCUGCAGAUCCUCGGCCGCGGCACGUGGCUCAGGAUGUGGGACACUAUGACUACAUGACCUCACACCGCAGCAGGCGGCGCAAAGAGGAGUGCUCGACAUGUACCCAAUAACUCAUGGAAACGAGCGGCAAGUUUGAAAGACGUUCCAAAAAUUGGGGAAAGCUGCAAAUAAAGGCGAAGCUGGGUAAAGGGAUUGGUGCGCGUCUGGGGUCAGUUGAGUGACCUGUCGCCUGACUGUACAGCUCAUGUGCGCCAGCUAUUGAUCAAAAGCUGUCCCAGGCGCAACUGCAGGGCCGCGCAGCUGCAUACGUCCAGAAGCCUCGUUUUGUCAAUCACUGCUUGAUUAUUGGCGGCCGCCAACAUAGGUUUCUGAAUAUAAUCACAUCUACUUGUCAUCGAUCGAUCAGGGAGCCCGGAGGGGUAUCAGUGACUGCAGGG